ACCGGGUUCGGCUGGCGCCUCCGAGCCCGGCGUUCUCGGCCCCGCCGGCCUGAGUCCCGAGCCUCUCCGUGCCCAGGCCGGGUCGUGGCCGCCGGCGGGCUGAGGAGACCGAGACGCCAUGCCUCGGCCUUGACGUGCCGCCCUCGCGUGUCCCGCUUCUCCGGCCUUCAGCUCCUUUCCCUCGGCUUUCUUCUUAGAGCUCUUGGCUCGGCGCUGCGAUCGACCCCGAGGACUCAGUCCUACCCUGAGAACUCCGGGCGCCAUGGCCCAGCCCGGGAUCCCGGCUGCCCGCGGCGCCGCAGUCGGCCUUCAGGGCCAGAACGGGGCCGCCUCGGCCUCGGGGUCUUCCUACACCAACGGUCCUGUCCAAAAUACAUCACAAGUGUCAUCGAGCCAAGGAUGUGAUUCCCAGCUUCCAGGAUCCUAUCUUCGUCCAAUGCCAGCAAAGACUUUGAAUCCAUUCUCUGCACAUUUAAACUAUGGUGGUUCUCAGGGAUCUGGGCAGACUCUUAAUAGACCACUUGUGGCUUCCAGUCCAGUACCACCUUCACUUCACAGUGGUCCUGUUCCCCGAGCGCCACUACCUGCUUCUCAGAACCCAGCUGCUACACCAAUGCCUUCUGGUAGCUUUCUUCCUGGAGCCAACCCACCACCACCUCUGAAUUGGCAAUAUAACUAUCCAUCUACAGGACUACAGACUAACCAUUUUCCUCAUGUAGCUCAACCAACUCUAUCUGGGAAUACAAAUUUAACAGCAGACCAUCAGUAUGCUUCUCCUGGAGACCCUGCACUUCAAACCAGCUUCGUCAAGCCAGGUUCUGCACUUCCCUUACAGAAUCCACCUCUGCCCACCACUUUUCAGCCAGGAGCUCCUCCUGGGCCCCCUCCCACUGGAGGUCCACCCUCCCAGAAAGCACCUCCUCGGGCUGCACUCCCACCUUCAUUGAAUUCAACUGUCAACCAAGAGGGUAUUACAUCAAAUGCCAAUAGUGGAUCUAUGGUGGCUCAUAGUACUUACGAUGAAAUUGAAGGAGGUGGCUUCUUGGCAACACCACAGCUUGUUAAUCAGAACCCCAAAACAAGCCGAAGUGUGGGAUAUGCAUACCCCUCCCUACCACCUGGCUACCAGAACGCAGCGCCACCUAGUGCAGCUGGAAUGCCACCCUCCUCCUUGAAUUACCCAAGUGGCCCCCAGGCCUUUACUCAGACUCCCUUAGGUGCUAAUCAUUUAACUGCAAGCAUGAGUGGACUAAGUCUACAUCCAGAGGGUCUAAGAGUUGUCAAUCUUCUUCAAGAAAGGAACAUGCUUCCCUCAACACCUUUGCAGCCUCCAGUUCCGAAUUUGCAUGAGGACAUCCAGAAACUCAACUGUAGCCCAGAGUUAUUUCGAUGCACACUGACCGGCGUCCCUCAGACUCAGGCCUUACUGAAUAAAGCCAAGCUUCCUUUGGGGCUGCUGCUCCACCCUUUCAAAGACCUAGUGCAAUUGCCUGUGGUCACCUCCAGUACAAUUGUGAGAUGCCGUUCGUGCAGGACUUACAUCAACCCUUUUGUCAGCUUUCUUGAUCAAAGAAGGUGGAAAUGUAACUUGUGUUAUCGAGUCAAUGAUGUUCCUGAGGAAUUCAUGUACAACCCUUUAACCAGAGUUUAUGGAGAACCUCAUAGAAGACCUGAAGUUCAGAACGCUACUAUUGAGUUUAUGGCUCCUUCAGAGUACAUGUUACGACCACCACAACCUCCAGUGUACCUCUUUGUGUUUGACGUAUCUCACAACGCAAUAGAAACUGGAUACUUGAAUUCGGUUUGCCAGAGUUUGUUAGACAAUCUGGAUCUGCUUCCUGGAAACACUAGGACAAAAAUCGGCUUCAUAACAUUUGAUAGCACUAUCCAUUUCUACAGUCUUCAGGAAGGUCUCUCCCAGCCUCAGAUGCUAAUAGUUUCCGAUAUUGAUGAUGUUUUUAUACCUAUGCCCGAGAACUUACUAGUAAACUUAAAUGAAAGUAAAGAGCUUGUCCAAGAUUUACUGAAAAGUUUGCCACAGAUGUUUACUAAGACGCUGGAGACCCAGAGUGCUUUGGGUCCUGCCCUUCAGGCUGCAUUUAAGUUAAUAUCACCAACUGGUGGUCGAAUGUCUGUCUUCCAAACACAACUCCCAACUCUUGGCGUGGGAGCCCUGAAACCACGAGAGGAACCCAACCAAAGGUCAUCUGCUAAGGAAAUACACCUGACACCAUCUACUGACUUCUAUAAGAAAUUAGCCUUGGACUGUUCUGGACAGCAGGCAGCUGUUGACUUAUUCCUUCUCAGUGGACAGUAUUCUGAUUUGGCCUCUCUAGGCUGUGUCUCUCGGUACUCAGCAGGCAGUGUUUACUACUACCCCUCGUACCAUCACCAGCACAAUCCAGUUCAAGUGCAGAAAUUCCAGAAGGAACUACAGAGAUACCUCACCCGGAAGAUUGGCUUUGAGGCAGUCAUGAGAAUCCGGUGCACCAAAGGUCUUUCCAUUCAUACUUUCCACGGGAACUUCUUCGUCCGUUCUACAGACUUACUUUCUCUUCCCAAUGUCAACCCAGAUGCUGGGUACGCAGUGCAGAUGUCAGUAGAGGAGAGCCUGACUGACACUCAGCUAGUUUCCUUCCAGUCGGCACUCUUAUACACAUCAAGUAAAGGUGAAAGAAGAAUCCGUGUCCAUACUUUGUGUUUGCCAGUCGUUUCCACCCUAAAUGAGGUCUUUCUUGGAGCUGAUGUUCAAGCGAUUUCAGGAUUACUGGCCAAUAUGGCUGUUGAUAGGUCAGUGACUGCCAGCCUGAGUGAUGCCCGGGAUGCUUUGGUGAACGCCGUCAUCGACUCUCUUUCAGCUUACCGCUCUUCAGUCCUGAGCAGCCAGCAGCCAGGCCUCAUGGUUCCUUUCUCUUUGAGGCUUUUCCCACUUUUUGUGUUGGCUCUCCUUAAACAGAAGUCUUUCCAGACUGGGACAAAUGCACGUCUGGAUGAACGAAUUUUUGCCAUGUGUCAAGUGAAAAACCAGCCGUUGGUUCACCUGAUGCUCACAACACACCCCAGUUUGUACAGAGUUGACAACCUCUCAGAUGAGGGAGCUCUCAACAUUAAUGACAGGACCAUACCUCAGCCCCCCAUUCUUCAGCUCUCGGUGGAGAAGUUGAGCAGAGAUGGAGCUUUCCUCAUGGAUGCAGGCUCGGUACUGAUGCUUUGGGUUGGAAGAAAUUGUACACAGAAUUUUCUCAGCCAAGUUCUGGGAGUUCAAAACUAUGCAUCAAUUCCACAGAAGAUGACAGACCUUCCCGAACUUGAUACGCCAGAAUCUGCCAGAACAAUAGCUUUCAUCUCGUGGCUUAGAGAACAGAGGCCAUUUUUCCCAAUACUCUAUGUAAUCAGGUAA